AUGAUCGUCUCGCGGCGCGCGCGAGCGGACGACGGCGGGCGCGCGGCGCGCGACGCGAGCGCGCGCGACGGGGGGAGUUCGGCGACGGGGAUCCUGAGCGGCGCGGAGAUCGCGACGCUGAGCGAGCACUCGUACGAUCGCUUGCUGCGGUUGAAACCGCGAGAGAUCGGACGAGGGGAUCGGUUGACGGCGGAGGAGACGGCGGUGACGUUCGAUACGUUCGGGCCGGCGAGCGUGUCGGUGGACAUCGUGAGCGUGGAGAGGGACGAGGGAGGGACGGGGGAGGGACGAGGGCGAGGGACGGCGGACGCGUUUGAGUUUUUUGAAAAGCGGGCGUUUUUGAAGGAGAGUUCGAAGAGGAACGCGAUGGAUUUGGCGCGGUUGCGACGGACGCGGAUCGCGGACGAGCGCGCGAAGGUGCGGGAACGAGAGCGGGAGCGCGCGGCGAGCGCGCGACCGCCGGGAGGACCGGGCGCGAACGGAGCGCCGCCAGAGGUUCGAAGGAAGAAGAGAGGUCGAGGACGGCCGCGAAAGGAUGCCGUUAACGCCGCGUCGCGCCAGCGCGACGCGCGCGGGCGAAAACGGAUGUACGACCGAUCGACGGAGACGUGCGCGGAGUGCGGGACGCACCAGACGCCGCAGUGGCGAAGUCUUUCGGCGCAGUUCGCCGUGCUCGAGCGCGCGGGCAUGCUCAACGCCGUCGUGUGUAACAGGUGUUACGCCCGCGCGAAGCGCAGAAGCCAACGUCUGGCUCACCCUCAAACGACCACGUCGCUCGAGAAGGUCGACGGCGCGUCCGCGCCCGCCGACGCCGACGCCCUCGGCGCUCUGUGCGCCGCCGUCGACCUGUGA